GUUGUCACUGAGGUAUUUUGGUUUUAUUUAGUGAAGCAACGAGUUCUCGAGAGACAGCCUCAUAAGCUGCAUUUGGGAGAAAAGGGAGAAAUGAACUUGAUUGUCACAGAGCCUGAAAUAGGACUAGCUGCUGAAGAGGAGGCAUUUAAAGAAAAAUUAGUCCCUGCAAAGGCUCUGGAUGCCAUGAGCAGCAUUGAAACAAAAGAUGAUGCAGGAGCCUUGCAGAAAGCAGAGAGCUUUGUUUCAAAGAGUGAACUGCAGGAGGAAGCUCACUCUGUGAAGAACAUCGCAGAAAAGUCUGCAGAGACCCCACCAUCGGUGGUGUUUGAAAACAUACAAGGCUGCAGCCAAAAAUGCUUACAUAUACUGUUGGAGAACAUUAGCGGCCUGACAGCAGAUGAUGGCUUCACUGUGGAAAUGAUACCUGAAAUAAAUGUGGCGGUAGCUACCUUUGCAAACAGUAUUGAUACUGAGGAAUUUGUCAAAAAGUGUUCACAAAACAAGAGAGUUAAAGAAUUCAAAAUGACUGCCAGGCUUCUGGAAUUGACCCGGAGCAUUAAGGCUGAAAACAUCCCGGCUGGCAUUUCCAGGGGGUACCUUGCAGUUUACUUUGAGAGUGUGCGGAACGGAGGGGGGCCCGUGUCUGAUGUCCAGCUCUUCCCGGAGGAGAACUCGGCCAUCAUUACUUUCUGUGAUCACAAAGACCUAAACACUGUCUUGGAAAAGCAGCAUUUACUGGAGCAGACACGGAUUUCUGUGCAUCCCUAUUACCACUCCCUGAGAACAGCCCUCUAUGGAAAAGAACGACCAACUAUCAAGAUGCUGGACCCCAUCAGGGUGCCACUAGACCUGUUUGUCUGGCAGUUUUUGCAAAGGCAGACCAAACUGAUCCAAGACAUAAACGAGGAAAUGGCAAUUUGCCACUGUGAGCUGACAUGGCCCCAGAAAGACUGUGCACAGCCAGAAAUUGUGCUGUGCCCAUUACCAUCUCUCUCCAAGCAGAAAAAGUCAAUGGUUAAGUUGAUCAAGACGUGGAAGCAAGUUGUUUCUACCGAGUUCUCGCGUAUCAUGGCACGUUACGUAGCUGUAAAAUGCAAAGUAAAUUCAGUGGAUUGGGAAAUACUGAAAAACAGAUUGGCCAAAGAUGCUGCUUUGAUCAUAAUUGAUGUUUCUGAGGAGAUGGUGGUGAUUGCAGGCAACAGAGCAGCGGUGGACAGUGCCGAGAAAGAAGUGAGGGAAUAUGUGGAGCAAAGCGAGAGGGAAAAACAAAGCAUAGAAAUUUCUGUGUCAGUGACCCCGGGGAAGUACACUGUUCUGCACAAUGCUGGGCUAGAAGAAAAUGUCCACAAAGAAUAUCCAUGCUUAAAGAUCUUUUAUGAUGACAUAAAAAAAACUGUUCAGUUGUGUGGAUUGCCUGCAGAAGUAUACAAAGUCAAAGCUGACUUACUGGAAAAAGUGUUGAAUAUGCCGUGUGUAUCAGUUACCAUUCAUCCCCGUGUUUUUGACUAUCUGCAGCGUGUAGAUAGUAGAACAAUGUCACACACAUUAUUCACUGAGAAAAAAAUUAAUGCUUUUUAUGAGCUUGAGGAUGGCACUGUGUUGCUAUUUGGAGAUGCUCCCAAAGAUCUUUCUGAAGCAGAAGUUCAAAUAAAGACAGCCUUGGAAUAUAAGUGCAUCAACGUGGAGGGUGUAGACGUUGUGAGAAAGAAGCAGUGGAGGAGUCUUCUUGACUCCUUGUGUAAGAAAUACAAUUCUUCCCAGGAAACUGUAGUCAUUGACGAACUCGUUGGAAAAGACAGUAAAGUGAUUAUUACUGGCUUUUCCAAGGCUGUAACAGAAUUUUAUGAGAAACUGAAUGAUUUUAUAGAUAGAAACACACAUGUGGAAAAAGUAAUCCCGGCUAAGGCAGUGGUGGUAGUGCAGUUUGUAGAUAAGGAAAAAUCCAGUGUUUAUCUUGAAUUGAGCAAGAAAGGUGUGACAGUAAGUUUUGACACCAAGACACCAGGUAUUUUCCUGAGUGGACCAAGAGCAGAACUGCAAAAAGCAGUCACGAUGCUUGAAAAAAUUCUCUCAUCCCUUUACUGGAAAACUGUGCAGAUUGAUAAACCGGGAGCCAAAGAGUUCUUCAAUGAGAGGAAAGAUUCAUAUGUUUUAGAGGCAAAGCAGAAAUUUGGCUGUUUGAUUAGCCUGGAAGGAGAAGGAGAAGAACACCACCCACAACAACAGCAACAGAAGGGCGCGAAAGUUGGUGAGAAAAGAAAGCUCUACUAUGAGCAAAUGCUGCCAGGUGGAGUUGUAAUAGCGGUUUAUAAAGGGGACUUGUGCACUUAUCCCGUUGAUGUUGUGGUAAAUGCAUCUAACGAAGAUUUAAAACAUGUUGGUGGCCUUGCUGCGGCGCUUUCGAAAGCAGCUGGUCCAGAGCUGCAACAGGAGUGUGACAAGCUGGUGAGUACCAACGGGAGGUUGCAGCCUGGGUGCGCAGUCAUCACGGGCGCUGGGAACCUUCCCUGCAAGAACGUCAUCCAUGCUGUUGGGCCCAGGUGGAGGAAGGAUGAAGCAGAGAAAUGCGUGUUCUUGUUAAAAAAGACAGUGAAGAAAAGUCUACAGCUGGCCGAAACAUACAAUCAUCGUUCUAUAGCUCUGCCUGCUAUAAGUGGAGGGAUUUUUGGCUUCCCGCUACACAUAUGUGGAGAUUCAAUUCUAUCCUCCGUCAAAGAGACCCUGGAAGAAUCCAUGGGGGACAGCAGCUUGAAGGAGAUUCAUCUUGUGGAUGAUGUGGAAGAAAAAGUUCAAGUUCUGAGCGAGACAGUAAAAAAAGUGUUUGCAUCUAACUCGUCCUCCCCAACAGUGCUGACAUCGCACUCUGAAAACUCUAAACUGGGAGAAAAUGAUCUGCAGAUGGUUAUGACAUAUGAAGGACUUUAUGUCCGAGUAGAAGAGAAAAACAUUCAGGAAGCCACGGUGGAUGCUAUUGUCAACAGCGUCGGUGACGAUCUGAAGUUUGGCGUGGGGGCUCUUUGCAAAGCCUUGCUGGAAAAGGCUGGAGCAGGGCUCCAAGAUGAGUUUGACAAGGAAGCACAGAGACAGGUUGCUCGUCAAGGGAGUGUGCUCUGCACCGGUGGAUAUGCUCUGGCCUGCAAGGUUGUGCUUCAUGCCAUACUUCCCACGUGGGAUAAAGGAAAAGGACAGGCCCUGAAUAUCCUAGAAGAUGCAAUCAUUUCCUGCUUGAAGAAAAGUGAAGAACUUGGACUGAAAUCGAUUGCUUUCCCAGCUAUAGGAGCUGGGGGAUUUGGAUUUCCUAAAAUCAUUGUUUCUAAGUUGAUGUUUGAUGUGGUAUCCAAGUUCAGUAGUAGUUACACUCGGAAGACUCUCCAGGAAGUUCAUUUUCUCUUGAAUCCAAAAGAUAGGGAUAACAUUCAGGCAUUUACCACUGAACUAGAACGGAGGAUAGCUGAAAGCUGCAAUGCUGAAGGACCACGGCCAAGUUUCAUUAGCCCUCUUACAACGGAAGCAUUGGGAGUUCGUGAAAUGCAGAUUGGUUCCAUUACACUCCAAGUGACUAGGGGAGAUAUUACCAAGGAAGAUACAGAGGUUAUUGUAAACGUAUCAAAUCCAAUAUUUGAAGCCACAUCAGGAGUCUCCAAAGCAAUUAUAGAUGCUGCUGGUUGGGAGGUAGAAGAAGAAUGUGCUCAGUAUGCUGAGCUGUCUCAAAAUGGCUUUAUUACUACACGAGGUGGGAGACUGUUGUGCAGUAAAAUCAUCCACUUGAUUCACAGUGACAGUGUGAAGAGUCAGGUUUCCAAAGUGCUUAACGAGUGUGAGCUAAAGAAGUACAAGUCUGUUGCCUUCCCAGCAAUUGGAACAGGUCAAGCAAAACAGAGUCCAGCAAAGAUUGCUGAUGACAUGUUGGAUGCUAUAAUGGAAUUUGCAAGCCAAAGAUCAGUGCAGCAUUUGAAAAGAAUUAAAAUCAUCAUCUUCCAGAGAAAUAUGCUCAAAGACUUUCAUGAAAGCAUGAAAAAAAGAGAAGAAUUGGGUUCAUCCACAACACAGUCAUGGUUUUCUCUGUUUAAAUCAUUUUUGUGGGGCAAAAAACAACCCACUGAGAAGAAAAAGCCUGUGACUUUGGAGGAGAAAGUUAACUUGGCCAUAUUUCAGAUUUGUGGAGAAAGUCAGGAAUGUGUGGAUGCAGCUGAGUCCUGGCUAAAUAAGUUAAUUUUAAAGGAACAGUUUGAACAGAGUAUUUCAGACGAGCUAAUUGGAAGUUUUGGUGAGAGUCAAAUGGCAAUUUUGAAAGAUCUCCAGGAAAAAAAGCAUGUUACCAUUUGGCUCGAAGAGAAACUUUCUGGUCCUUGCAUUACAAUUUCUGGGCUUAGCAGGGAUGUCUACGUUGUUAUGAUGAAAGUUCAAGAAAUGAUCCGGAAAAUGAAGGAUUCUGCAGAAGAACUAUCCAAGGCAGAGCUUGUUUAUAACCUGGUAGAAUGGAGGUAUCCAGGAAGCAAUGACAACUUUGUUGCUUUUGAUAAACUGACAAAUGUGCAGCUGGAGAAUGCCAGAAGAGCUAAAAAAACCCACCUUACUGUUAAAAUUAACAAGAAGAACUACAAGGUGGAUCUGAAUACUCUACAGGCUAGUGAUGACCAAGGAAAAACUAUAAGCAUUCAGCGUGUGCCAAAGAAUGAAGAUAAGCAGUCAGUAGAGCUCCCUCCGCAGUGGGAUGACAUGCAGAGGGAACUGGUCAGACGGGUGAACCUCAAGCCGUCACAUCCGGAAUAUCUGAAAGUUGAGAAGAAAUUUAAGAACACCUGUCCCAGCUUUGUCAUAGAGCAGAUUGAAAGAAUACAAAAUCCCUUCCUCUGGCAGACAUACCAAAUAAAAAAAGCUUCUCUCUCUACAAAGAACAAAAACAAAAAAAAUGAGAGGUCGCUAUUUCAUGGGACAGCUCCAUCCUCCUUGAGUGCCAUCAACUACAAUGGAUUUAAUCGUGGAUAUGCUGGGACACACGCUGCUUCCAUUGGAAAUGGAACCUAUUUUGCUGUUAAUGCAAGUUAUUCUUCUCAAGAUACUUAUUCCAAACCAGAUCAGAAUGGCAAAAGAUACAUGUACUUGGCUAAGGUCCUCACUGGGCAGUACUGUGCUGGGAAAAGAGGACUAGUCACUCCACCACCGAAAAACCCAGCAGAUCCCACUGACCUGUAUGACAGCGUGGUCGAUGAUGUGAAUAAUCCAGCAAUGUUUGUCAUAUUUAAUGACAUUCAGGCAUAUCCUGAAUUCCUUAUUACUUUCAGAAAAUAG